AUGGGAAAGAAGCGAGUUCUCGUUGGUUAUGGUGUCGAUAUAGACGCCGUUGCCGGCUGGCUAGGCUCAUAUGGCGGUGAAGAUAGCAGCAACGACAUAAGUCGAGGUAUCUGGGCAGGCACCAUUGGAACGCGUAGACUGCUCAAACUCUUUGAGAAGUACAAUAUCAAGGCAACAUGGUUCAUUCCCGGCCACACACUUGAAUCAUUCCCCGAGGAAUGCUCCAUGGUGCGUGAUGCAGGCCACGAGAUUGGGCUGCAUGGCUAUUCCCAUGAGAACCCCACGGAUAUGACGCUCGAGCAGCAGCGAGACGUGCUUACCAAGACAUAUCGUCUCCUCACAGAUUUCUGCGGUAAACCACCACGAGGUACUGUUGCUCCGUGGUGGGAAACGAGCAAGGAGGGCGCGGAGCUGCUUUUAGAUUAUGGGAUUGAGUAUGACCAUUCAAUGUCGCAUCAUGAUUGUCAGAUGUAUUGGCUUCCUGCGGAGGCCAAGUGGACCAAGAUUGAUUACACAAAGAAAGCGGAAGAGUGGAUGAAGCCGCUCAGUAUAGGAUCGCCGACGGGCUUAGUAGAGAUACCGGGAAAUUGGUAUCUGGAUGAUUUGCCGCCCAUGAUGUUUAUAAAGAAUGCACCGAAUAGCCAUGGAUGGGUAAACCCAAGGGAUGUGGAGGAUAUUUGGAAGGACCAUUUUGACUACUUUUAUCGGGAGUAUGAUGAAUUUGUCUUCCCAAUGACAAUCCAUCCGGAUGUUUCCGGGCGCCCUCAUGUAUUGCUUAUGCAUGAACGAUUAAUUGAAUAUAUUAACAAGCAUGAUGGCGUUGAGUGGGUGACAUUUGAGCAAAUGGCAGAUGAUUUUAAACGUAAGAACACCCCUCCUGCAGGAGCCUUGAUGCCGAAGUCGCCCAAGGAUGUUCUGCAGAGGAUGUCAGGAUCCUGA